AUGUCGCCUAUACGAAGCAGUCGGCUGUGGACGCGCUGCUGGGACAAGCAGCGCCAAAUUAUUCUUAGAAUCAAGAUUUUUGAGCGCAUAAAAAACUAUCCAAAAUUUGUAUCGACACCGAAACUCUCGAUGAGAGCCGACGUCGCACCCAAGAAAGCUGAUGAGAACAUGUAA